AUAAAAUUAAAUUGGAAAAAGACGAGGAAGAAGAGCCUUUUCUGUUCAGAAGUGAUAAAAACGAUUUUUACCCGGUGUGGAAAGAUUGUUAAAACGUAAAGUAUCUCGUAGUGGUGAAGUAACAGGUAAUAUUGUCGUUUAAUAGUUGAUUUGUGCAGUUUAUGGCGGAAACCUGUUCAUUUCUCCAAGCGGAAUAUAGUCAGUUGAUUGACUUCGGCUCAUUAUUUUCUCAUGAACGUAAGUGGACUUCUAGCUCUGCUGGUGGACUGUUCGUCUGACAUUCCUCUUGAGAGCAACAAAAAUCCAAUCCUGCAUAAAAACAGUGCACCAUGCCAUAUUCCCGUACAACUACACAAAAUCCAGCCAAGAGCCGGAAAAAAGUGUCUUCUACCACCAGUCGAUUCAAAGACAUUCAAAUCAGUGAAGAAGUCAAAAUUGCUAUUAACCUUUCUUUGGAGAGAUUUCAUUACAGUGAUGAGAAAGAGAUGGAAUUUCCCUCUUCACUUUUCUCGAAUGAGAGGGCCUUCAUUCAUCAUACUUCACGGGCUUUGGGUUACAUUUCUAAAAGCAAAGGGAAAGGAUCAAAUCGCUUCCUCACCAUAAGGAAAAAGAAUUGUCUUGACAGUAGUCUGUCUGUCAUGCCCCUGACUCUGUCCCAAACGUCUUUACAUACCAUCCGAAGCCAUCUUCAGAAGUUUCCUAUUACUGAUAAAGAAUGUAAAGACUUUCAAGCCAGCAGCAAAAGCAAGCUGUCUGUGGCAGCAAAACAUGACAACAGCUUUGACACAAGGAGGCCAACUGGGCGCUUGGAUUGUGGCAUUACUGCAGUACCCCCUAAAAGGCGGACAUCAGAGUUUGACACUUUCCGACGCUCGCUGCCUGUGUGUGAACGUGAAGAACAAAUAAUCAGACUGAUUAGAGAGAACAGGGUGGUACUCAUCGUUGGAGAGACUGGUUCUGGAAAAACAACACAGAUUCCACAGUUUCUGCUGGAUGACUGCACCAAGAAAGGAGAGUGCUGCAAAAUCUUCUGUACUCAGCCCAGACGUCUGGCUGCCAUCACUGUCUCUGAGAGAGUGGCAGCUGAGAGGGGAGAGACAAUUGGCAAGACUGUCGGCUAUCACAUAAGACUAGAGAGCAGGGUUUCUCCAAAGACUCUGCUAACCUUCUGUACCACUGGAGUUUUACUCAAGACAUUGAUGGCUCGAGAUGCCGCUCUGACAUCUGUCACACACGUCAUUGUGGAUGAGGUGCAUGAGCGUGAUGGUCUUACUGACUUUCUGCUCACGAAGAUGCUUGAUGUACUGCAACAGUUUCCUGCAGUAAAACUGAUUCUCUCCAGUGCAUCUCUGGAUGUUGAUUUGUUCCUCAAGUACUUCGACGCUUGGUCGUGUCCCGUCGUUUAUCUCAAAGGAAGACAAUUUAAAGUGAAGCAAUAUUUUCUGGAAGAUGUUCUACGGUUCACAGAUUUUAACAAUAAGGAAAUAAGGAAACACAAGGAAGAAUCCCAGAUAAAGGAGGAGAGACAGAACCUUUUGACAAAGUGGUGUAAAUUGGGGGUGGAAACUGGUGUUGAAGAUGUACAGAAUACACACUUGGCAUCCUCUGAUUUACUCAGGAGCAGCAAUUGUCUGGAUACAGCAGCCACCAUCAAGUCGCUGGUUGGAGAAAGCUCAGAGCCAUUGGAGCCAUGGCUACUGAAAGAGAUGGAUACUUGCAUAGCUAACGUUUUUAUCAGUGCAGAGCAGGAAUAUGUUGUUCAGCUCUUCAACCUCAUUCUCAAUGAAAAUGUUAAUGUUGACUACGUGCACAGUGAGAAAGGGGUUACACCUUUGAUGGUGACAGCAGCUCAAGGAUUCCUCACUCAGAUGGAGCAGUUGCUUAUCAUGGGGGCGAACAUCAACCUAAAGGCAUCCAAUGGAUGGACUGCCUUGGACUUUGCAAAACACUUUCAGCAGGUAGAUGCUGUUGAUCUUCUUCAGUCUUAUGUUGCCUUUAAACGGAUGGAAGACCAGAAAAUGUCCACUGUGGUUCAUUAUUCCAGUACCGACGACCAGGACCGUGCCAGCACUGAAAACCAGGACCUCCUCAAGCUCUACCACCACAAUUUUGAUGAUGAGUUUGUAGACUUAGAUCUCAUCAUGAACCUGCUGCACAAGAUCUGCUCAACUACAACUGAUGGUGCAGUGCUAAUUUUUCUUCCUGGAUAUGAUGACAUUGUGUCCCUAAGAGACCGUAUCCUCUACAAUGAUGAGAGGUUUUCUGCCUUUUCCAAUAGGUACCAGGUGUUCACGCUUCAUUCGGACAUGCCAAGCAUAGAACAGAAAAAAGUCAUGAAGAAAUCCCCACUGAAUGUUCGAAAGAUUAUUCUUUCAACUAACAUUGCUGAGACAAGUAUCACAAUCAAUGAUGUUGUUUUUGUGAUUGAUUCUGGAAGAGUCAAAGAGAAAUCCUUUGAUACCAUCAGUCGCAUCUCAACGUUAAAGACAGUCUGGAUUUCAAAAGCCAGUGCUCUUCAACGAAAAGGAAGAGCGGGACGCUGCCAGCCAGGGAUUUGCUUCCACCUCUUCAGUCAACUGAGGUUCAACAAUAUGCAAGAGUUCCAGGUUCCACAACUGCUGCGAAUGCCCCUCCAGGAAUUAUGUCUGCAGACAAAAUUGCUGACUACCUCGCCAGUAUCCGAAUUCUUGUGCAAGGCUCCCCAAGCUCCGACUGCACAUGCUAUUAAAACGGCAGUGCAGAUCCUAAAGACAAUAGGUGCUAUGAAUCAGAAUGAAGACCUGACUAAUCUUGGCUUCCAUCUGGCUGAUCUACCCGUUGAGCCCCAUCUGGGAAAGAUGGUGCUAUGUGCUGUGGUGUUGAGGUGUCUGGACCCUGUUUUGACAAUAGCUUGCACACUAGGUUAUCGUGACCCUUUUGUUCUUCCUGCUGAGGGCUCUCAGAAGAGAGCUGCUCUUCAAUGCCGUAAACAAUUCUCAUCCAACACCUUCAGUGAUCACAUGACCCUGCUGAGGGUUUUCCAGGCAUGGCAGAAGUCACGUACUGAUGGUUUGGAAAGGCCCUUCUGUGAAAAGAACUUUCUGUCCAAUGCCACCAUGGAGAUGAUUCUUGGCAUGAGAACACAACUGCUGGGACACCUUCGUGCAACUGGCUUUGUGAGCGUCCACGGGGAUAGUGAUAUUCAUCAUGUGAACAUCAACUCAGAAAACUGGGCAGUAGUGAAGGCAGCGCUGGUUGCUGGCAUGUAUCCAAAUCUACUUCAUAUUAAUUCUGAGACAAACCUGAUCUCUAGUAAUAAGGAAAAGAAAGUCAAUCUUCAUUCUACUUCCACGUUGAAUCAAUGCCAGAAUAAGGAGAAACAUUCAUCUAAAUUAUCACAAGCUUUUCCUACAGACUGGUUGAUCUAUGAUGAGAUGAGCAGAGGCCAUGGGAUUGCCAGUGUUCGCUGUUGUACUAUAGUGACACCCAUCACUGUAGCCAUAUUUGGCGGUGGUUAUAGACUGCUCCACUCUGCCCUGCAUGAAGCAACUGUUCCAAAAGGCAGUCUAGUGGAUGACAUGAGUGACAGUGAGACAGAGGACUCCGUUGAAAUAAGAAUUGAUGAGUGGCUCACUUUCCAGACAAGCAGUGAGUCAGCAAAAUUGGUGUUGGACCUGGAGAAUAAGUGGCAUAAUCUGUUCAACAAGAGAAUGUGUUGUCCAGCCGAUCCAUGGUCUCAAGAAGAUGAAAUGACCAUUCAAACCAUUGUUUCUGUGCUUACUGCAGAAGAGCAAGCAGUAUGCUUGAAGCAACCCUCAGGGAUAGGCCAGCCUCCCCGGACUUUGAUGUCAGAGGGGUUCUACAAGAACUCAAAAAGCAGCCAAAAGGUUUCAUGGAACCCAUACGAAAACAGGACACAUGAUGUCUUAGGCUUGUAUCAGAGGAAACCACAUUGCAGUGAUGAGUCUUCGCUGGGCAAAAAAACUCUCACGGUGCAACAACUCCCGUCUAGUAAUUCUACAUCUUCUGUGAGCUUGGACAGUCAGACUGGCAGCCCAGUCUCUUCUUUCUCAGGAAAGGACUCUGUCCACAUCCUUUUGCACAGUUCAUCCAUCCAGCCAUUUUCUUACCCGCUUAUCCUCACAAGGGAUACACGAGUGCUGGAGCCAUUCCCAACUGUCAUCAGGAAGGAGCAUUGCACGGAACAAUUGUUACCCAACCUGGCCUUUUCCUCAAUCCGUUAUUUCAUCAUGAAAAGCAGCAACACUCGGAACUUAGAAAUUUCUCAGCAGAAAGGCAUCUGGUCCACCAUUCCGAGUAAUGAGACCAAAAUCACCAAGGCCUUCCAGGAGAAUGAAAUCAUUCUCAUCUUUUCUGUUCAAGGUUCAGGACAUUUCCAGGGAUAUGCUCGCAUGUCAUCAACCAUCAGUCAUAGGAGUUGUCAAGAUUGGGAUUUCUGUGGAUUAGGAGGAGUUUUCAGUGUGGAGUGGAUUUGCAAGGAAAAGUUGCCUUUCCAGUGCACCCAACAUAUUCUCAACCAAUUGAACGACAACAAGAAGGUCCAAAUCAGUAGAGAUGGACAGAAUGGUGCUGAGGAUGGAGCUGCCAGGCAAAAGAGCAAGAGGAAAACCAAAGUGGAGGUUGAUGGAUGUUGUGAGGGAAGACUUGAGGACAGUGGGUGCUAGAGGAAGAUGCACGAGAUAGGCUUGGAUGGAAUAUCUUUUACCGUAUCUUUUUUGACAUUUUUUGAACCAGCCUUUGCUGGCCAAAAAGCCUCGUCCUCGAGGGGCCGAAUCACAAUGCAGGGUCCAACAAGGAGAAAAGUGCCCUGUCCCGGAGCCCUGGAGGACAUCCCAGUAGGUACCUCAGUGUCUGUGCCAUUUGGUUGAUUCCUCCCACUGAAUUCCAAAAAGGAUAAAAGUGCUCCCAAAUAAGAGCCCAUUCCUCCCGCCGGGCCACAACCCUGAGGUGAUAUUAUAACUAUAUAAUCAAAAAAUGUUAUCAGCUGAAAACAAAAAAAGACGAAGACUAACGCAUACUACAGGACAUAUGCGAGACGCUCAACAGCGUGGACGAAACAGGAAAAACAAGAAAACGGGUGGAACAAGGGAAGUUGUUGGGUGAGCCUUCGAUGAUGUGCAAUCAAUCAGCUCACGGGAUAAAGCCACUCGUGCUCUCAUUGGUCAAUGUCGCGCCGGAAACCAAUCACGCACCUUGUAUCAACAUCUUUUUCCGCAAUAUGACUGUAUUUUUGUUUCAUUAAAAACCCGUGUACAACUGAAGCCGCAAAAAGUGAAGCACCAAGUAGUGAGAGAACCUUGUGUAUCACCCCCCACCAGCCCCACCACUUAUUGGAUGUCCCAUCCAACAUCACAGCUACACAGCCCCUGAAUAAAAAAAUUUCAAUUUGAGACACGCUAUUGUAAAUGUCCACGCUGCCCAACGCAACAAGGCGUUAUGUCAUCAUGCUGUUGCACCACACAUACACAGUAGUUGCUUUCCUUGAUGGAGCUCUGCUAAAUGCAUUGUGAAAAGGCCUUAAACCCCUUUUUCUGUAUUCUAAUAUGCUUGCUUUCACUGUGACUCCACAGCUUUAUCUACAUACAAAGCCACAAACCCAAAAUAUCCACCCCAUUGCACCACGCAGCACGGUUCCCAAGUACACAGUACUGUAUGCUAAAAGACUACUACUUACAUAGUGAUUUGAUGCCAAACAGUGUUGUUUCUUCACAAUAGUGUGUUUUCACUUAUUUCUGUGUUGUCCAGUAUGUUGCAUACUAAUAAAAACAAGGUAACCAUAACUUCUUCCUGGGACAAAAAUGUAUUGCAUUUUCAGUCAUUGCAAUGGGGAACAUUCCCUCAUUUGCUUAGUCAUGGAAUGAUUUGAAUUCACAAACGGAGGUUCCGCUGGAGGCAUUAAUUUUGAAGUACUUCAACCUCGACCCUUUUCAUCCGUGUUGUUACUAUGAUCUUUUCGUACUCUGAACAUUUUACUGUAUUUUUUGUCUAACGUAGGUUCAUGAGCAGAAGUUCCUGACAUCCAAGUCUAGAAUUGCUUCAAACCAUUUUUCAUGUACUGUGGGUACAGAAAGUAUUCAGACCCACUUAAAUUUUUCAUACAUUGUUCUAUUGCAGCCAUUUGCUAAAAUCAUUUGGGGUUUUUUUCCCCCUCAUUAGUGUACACACAGCAUCUAAUAGCCACUCCAGUUUUGUCAGGUUGGAGGGGGAACAUUGGUGGGUAGCCAUUUUCAGGUCUCUCAAUUGGGUUUAAGUCAGGGUUCAAGCUUAGACAUUCAAGAACAAGUCACAGAGUCACAGCAUGAUGCAGCCCACCACCAUGCUUCUCUUUGGGGACUGUAAUGGACAGGUGAUCAGCAAAGUUCCCUCUUAAGUUGCGCACAUGUGCAAUUGCGCAAUGCUGAUGUGAUCACUGACAUUCUGCGUUGCACAUAAAAAAUAAAAAUCCGAGCCUAGUUUGAAGUAUAACAUAAAACUAUUCAGUUUGUGACAUUUUGCAAUGGGAUUCAAUGAGUAAGGGGUGAGUGGCUGCUACAUUUGACAGCAUAAUUCACAUACAUACGUACGCACCCCAUCGAUGUUGUUUACAAUGACAGUGUCCUUAUGCACACUGCCCACCACCGGUGUUUAGUUAGCAAAGCGGUCUGGGCAACAUAGAGUGAAGCCGCGCUAGACACGCUACGUAUUUUUCCCCUCAAAAAUAUUGGCUAAAGUAAAAAAAAAAAAAAAAAAAGUUAUUUUAAGAUGCAAUGACUGUCGGAGUGUGUGGGUAUUUGGGUAUGUCGUAGUUGUGGUAUUUGGGCUCAGUGAUUAUAAGAAUAAUAACGUAAGAGCCAAAAAAAUGUAUUUAUAAAUAAUUUCAUAUUGAUAGGAACAUUUCACACUCAUAAAUAUAAAUUUGCUUGUUAAAAAAAAAAAAAAUCAUUUGCUGCUUUGCACAGUGUACCUAAACUGCACAUCCUUUCUAUUAAAUCCUCUCAAAAUCAAAAAGCUAUGAAGACCAUAAAUGUUUUUGAACAGAUAAUAUUCUUAUAUAAGAUCCCCCUAUUGUAAAUUAUAAGAAAAUUUAUUUUAUGUACGUGUGCGAGAGUGUGUGUGUGUGUGUGUGUGUGUGUGGUGUGUGUGUGUGUGUGUGUGUGUGUGUGUGUGUUGAUGUGAUUUAAAAUUAUAAUAAUAAUGAUCUCAUAGCCAUCAAUAUGAAAAUGCAUCUCUGCUGUCAGUUCAACAGCCUCACAUGGCAAAGUUCCCGAGUACACCAGACAGCUGAUGUUGCAAGUUAUCCCUUUGAAUUUUUUAAUUCAAUCAAUCAAAUAGGGCAGGAUGAGACAGUGUGCAAUUUUAAUAAUCCACCUUUGCGCACAAAGAUGAAAGCACAGACAAUACAAAAAAUACAAAAACUGAAAACAAAAACUAUCUGUGUUAAUGUGAUGUUGCCUCCUAUAUUUAAAAUACAGAAUUAGCUUUUUGGGCAACGUAUCAUCUGUGCUUUCAUCCUCAGUCAGGCUGUGCCAAGGUUGAAUUUUAACAUUUGACACCAUCUCAUCCUGUACUUUCUACUUUGGCUUCAGACCAGACAUUUUUUCUCAAAAAAGAGAAAAUCUCAUCCAGUUUCACCACUUUUUCUUGUAUUAUUCACAUACUCCAGUGUUUGUAAUUAUGAUUGUACCCCUUUAAAAUGGGGGGGGGGAGUGGGGUCAGCAGCAGGUCUUUGUGAGAGGCAGUGUGCUGCCAUGUUUUAAAAAAAAAAAAAAUGUCAGACUGUAAUUCACUGCGCUGGAUCCGUUUUCCUCUGCGCUGAGUGUGUGUGACAAAUGUGCAGUUGUGCACUUUAGAGGGAGCAUUGGUAUUCACCAUAAAACAGUUUGGCAGCAUCAUUCAGGUGUCACUGCAAAUGAUGCGCAAGACAUAAUUCAGUUUUACACCAAGAAAAACAGACAAUUGUGAAUUAAAAUAAUAAUAAUAAAUACAUACAUUUGGAAGCGGCCUUUCAAAUUUAUAGUUCAUAGUUAAACUUGGCUUGGUUUGGUUAGCAAGGUAUUUUUUGUGUACUUAAAAGAAUAUCAGUUUGACAUUUUCAUUGUUUGCAACGAAACAGUUAAAAUUGUUCUCAAGUGUUCUGAUUCUUUAAUAAGCCAUGUAACUUCAAUGGAUGACACACUGAGGUCAAGCGGCUCAGGACGUAAAACAUUUUGAGGGAACAGGUGUUGAUUGUUUGCUUUUCUCCACACAUACUGCUUAGAAUUAAGGCAAACAAGUUAUAGCUUGGUCUUAUUUCUUAUCAUCUUGGAGUCCUUCAGGUGUUUUUAUUUUUAAAGCACACAAGGCUUCCGUCAAACCACUCUACCAUAAAGCCCCAAUGGGCGGAGGGUUGCAGUGAUGGUUGACUUUCGAGAACUUUCUCCCAUCUCCCGACUGCAUCUCUGGAGCUCAGCCACAAUGAUAUUUGGGUUCGUCUUUACAUCUUUCACCAAGGCUUUUUUCCUCCAAUUGCUCAAUUCGGGCAAACAGCCAGCUGUAUAGGAAGGCUUAUGGUUGCUCCAAACGUCUUCCAUUUCAAGAUUAUGGAGGCCACUGUGCUCUUAGGAACCUUAAGUGCAGCAAAGAUCUUUUGUAACCUUGGCCAGAUCUGACCCAUGCCACAAUUCUGUCUAUGAGCUCUUAGGCUCUUUUGAUAUUAUGAUUCUAAUUUGCUCUGACAUGCACUGUGAUCUGUUAGGUCUUAUAAAGACAGGGAUAUGGCUUUCUUGAUCAAGUGCAAUCAAUAUAAUCAAACACAGCUGGACUCCAAUGAAGAUGUAGAACCAUCUCAUGGAUGAUUGUAAAAAAUGGACAUCAUAAGGUCUGAAUACUUAUGGUUGAUUAUCCGAAUCAGCUUUAAUGGCCAAGUGUGUAAAAACACACAAGGAAUUUUUCUCUGGCAGUCGGUGCUGCCCUUGUACGACAUUGAGAACAAAAAACAACAAAGUAGCAAGAACAAAGAAGAGAUAUUUCUAUUUAUAGGAACUAUUCCUUAUAAGACUUGAUGUAAGCUCUAUAUAGAUAAGUGUGUCAAUUGUGCAAAGGGAGCA